AUGGAGACGGACGAGGUGACGGUCAUCAUCGACGCCGGCUCGACGUGCCUGCGCUGCGGCCUCGCCGGCGACGACCAGCCGCGCGUCACCAUCCCCUGCGAGUUCGCGGGGCGGCGGCAGAGCGACGUGAGCGACGGCGGCGAGGCGCCGCGGCCGCGGUGCCCCCUGGAGGGCGGCGUCGUGAAACACUGGGACGCGAUGGAGGCGCUGUGGCGGCGCGCGUUCGCCGAACUAAACGUCGACCCGCGCGGCGCGGCGGUCAUGCUCAGCGAGGCCGUCGGCAACCCGGCGCCGGCGCGCGAGAAAACAACACAAAUCUUCUUCGAGAAGCUCGGCGCGCGCGCGCUCUACCUCGCGCCGGCCGCCGUGCUGCGAACCUACGCGGCCGGCCGGACGACGGCGCUCGUCCUCGACGUCGGCGACCGCCGCGCGAGCGCCGUGCCCGUCCACGAGGGCUUCGCGCUGACGGCGGCGACCGUGGCGCUGCCCGUCGCCGGCCGCGACGUCACGGCGCAUCUCCAAAAAGCGCUCCGAGUGGACGAGGCGGCCGCGCGGGCCGUGAAGGAGAGCGCGUGCGCGGUCCGCGGCGGCGGCGCCGACGAGGCCGCGCUGCCGGCGACGUACACGCUCCCCGACGGCACGGCCAUAUCGCUGGGCGACGAGCGCUUCGCCGCGCCCGAGGUCCUCUUCGCGGCGUCGCCCGCCGCGCCGCAGGCCGUCGUCGACGCCGUCGGCAAAUGCGACAAGGACUACGCGAAGGAGCUCUACCCGGCGCUGCUCCUCGCCGGCGGCAGCACGCUCCUGCCGGGCUUCGGCCUGCGGCUCCACGCGGGCGUCCUCGCGCUCGCGCCGACGUCCAAGGCGACGCUCGCGGACGCGCCGCACCGGCUCACGGGCGGCUUCGUCGGCGCGUCCAUCCUCACGUCCAUCACCGCCUUCACGGCCAUGUUCGUCUCGCGGGCCGACUACGACGCCAAGGGCGGCCGCGUCGUCCACGACAAGUGCCCCGCGAGCGGCUGCUAA